CUUUAUGCUCCUGCAUCCUCCCGUGAGCUGAUCCUUAAUCCUCACUUGGUCACUGGGUAAACUGUGAAGACUGUGAAGAUGGCAUCCCUGCCGCGCAUUGCCGCAGCCACCAGCUCGACGGCCAUUCGCCUGUUUGGCUUCAUUUUUCUCAGAUGGAUCCCUGGUCAUCAUUUUGUGCCCAUUAUCUUUACCUCGCUGGCGGUGUAUUUGACAUCCCUUGUGUCGCUGGAUGACCAGCCCUCUCGCAAUCGCGGCAAGAAGAACAAAAAUAAAAGCACUCGAGGCUCAAGAACUCAGCAAUCCGGCGAUUCCGUACUGAAGACGCUGUUGACAGGCCUUCCUUCCAGGCGGUCGCCGCUGUUGACCUGGACAACAGUCUUGAUCAACAUCGCGGUGGCAGUGCUAACGCUCGACUUUCUGAUUCGAGGCCUGGUUCUUUACCCAAGCACCGAUGUCUCAUUUUCUCGGAUUGGUUAUGUCUCGCCAACCACGGCAAACCUACUCCUCCGCGAGCCAGAUCAAAGUCAAUUGCCCGUGGUGGUCUCCUACCAAGAGGCUUCUUCACAGUCCUCCCAGAAGUGGACUCAAGAAGGCACAGUAUACAAAUUGGACAACAGCACUGAUUUCACAGCGACUGUAACACUGCGAAACUUGAAGCCCUCAACCGAAUACAGAUAUUCGCUAUCCAGCAAUAAAUCAGGUAGCUUUGUAACGGCGCCGCGGCCUGGAUCUCCCGCAGCGAACAGGCUAUCCUUCGUCACAUCAAGCUGCAUAAAGCCAAACUUCCCAUACAACCUUCUCUCGCACCCGUUAAAGGUCCCGGGUAUCGAGCAGAUGACCGAGGCUCUUGGAAAACUACCCGCGCUUCUGCGACCAGCCUUCAUGUUGUUCCUGGGUGACUUUGUUUAUAUCGACGUACCCUUCCGAUUCGGCUCUUCCAUGGACCACUAUCGCAGCGAAUACAGACGGAUAUACUCCUCGCCUUCAUGGACUGCCAGUUCCGUGGACGGUCCUGCCAUCGAUCUCCCCUGGAUCCACACUCUCGACGACCACGAGAUAGAAAACGACUGGUCGCAGGGUAACAAGACAGCGCCUUACCCAGCAGCCGCAGAUCCAUUCCUACACUAUCAUGUUGCCGCCAACCCGCCCGUCCCGGAAAAAGCGUUCGCUCAUCCCGACGAUGUAACGUACUUCUCCUUCAUCAACGGGCCGGCCUCAUUCUUCAUGCUUGACACCCGAACCUACCGCUCCGAGCCGUCGCAGACCAAUUCUACCAUCCUCGGCUAUGCCCAACUCCAAUCACUACUAGCAUAUCUAUCCACCCCAGAGCCGGACGGUGUCCACUGGAAGAUAAUUAGCUCCAGCGUCCCGUUCACCAAAAACUGGCACGUGGGCACAGCAGAUACAUGGGGCGGCUUCCUGAACGAGCGUCAAACCGUCUUCGAAGCAAUGUGGCGCGCGGAACGCGAACUUGGCGUACGAGUCGUUCUUCUAAGCGGUGACAGACACGAAUUUGGCGCCACGCGAUUCCCAGAUCCUGGUCUUGGACUUCCUCCGUCCGAAUUCCAGUCUGACACGGCGGGCUUGGGCGUGCAUGAGUUCAGCGUUGGUCCGUUGAGCAUGUUUUACCUCCCCGUUCGCUCGUAUUAUCAGACCGAUGAUGAGGAUGUUUCGGUGAAGUAUGCACCGGAUGGGAAUAGUAAGUUUGGUUAUAUUGAUAUCGCGGAGGGUGUUGAUGAGGUUGAUCCCACUGCCGAGGCACCUGUGCCGGUGCGAAGCUCGAUUUUUACAUACUCGUUGUAUGUUGAUGGUGAGGUUGUUUGGAAGUAUCGUCUUAGUGUUCCGCUGGUGGUAGAUGCCAGUUCCGGUGCGCCUCGAGACUUCGGCGAGAAGGUUCAUCUUCCAGCUGGACGGGUUCUGGAGGAUAAGCUUGUUAAGAAGAGCUGGGACGUUGCGUUCAAGACUGCCAUCGGUAGAACGGAGGAGCUUGCUCGUUCUUGUCUUGAUAAAGCCACUGCGGCUUAUUAUUUGCCUUUUUCAUAUGUUCGACGCUACAGAGAUACUUGA